GGGAAAGACAGAUAAAAAGGGAGGCCGCAGCGCGCCGACGGAAGGACGCUGAACUCGUCCAUUCGGUGGCGGAAGCGAAGGUCGAGGAGGUUCAGCAGGAACACAAAACAGCGAGGGGUCGCCUUACGGCAGCGACAAGCGAAGCUGACGCUGCGACUGCUGCGCUCGCGGAAGGGUAUAAGGCGGUUGAGGCUGCAGAACGUAUCCUUGCAGAGGCGAGGAAGCGGCAGGCGGAGGCCGCACAACGUGCAGGCAACGCGGCUAUUGAACGUCUGCAUGCACAGACCCACGAGCAAGAGGCGUCGAUUCGGGUACAAGUCGCCCUACAGGACGAGGGAAGAACACGGUGGGAACGAGAGACAGCAGAGUGGGAGGAGCGCACGAUAUUGGAGGAGAUUGCGAAUGCCGACGCGGAGACAAGGAGGCAGCAGGAGCUAUUCGAGUCCAUGAGGAAGCUGAAGGAGCUGCGAGAGCAGGAAGAGGCGGACCGGCGGGAGAGCGAGGAGAGAGCGAGGCGAGAAGAGGAAGCAGACAAUCUUCGCAGACUGGAGGCGGCGCGGUUUGUUCGAGCCGAGCUAGAACGACAAGCUCGUGAAGAGGCAGAGCGGCUCGAGCGGGCAAAGAAGGAGCAUGCAGAGGGAAAUAAGAGGGAGCUGGAAGAGCUCGAGGCCAGACGCCAAAGGAUCUACGAAGAAGCGUCAGCAGAAGAACAGCAGCGCUGCAGGCAGAGGGACUUCGCUCGAUGGAAUCUGCACAAGUUCACCCUCUGGACCAAAAAGCGCAGUGUCGAACGUUUUGUGGCCGUCAGCACCGAAUUCGACAAGACGCAAUUUUGCGAAACCCAGCCGCUCACGUUCGAGAGCAUACCGUGGCCGGUUCUGCAUUCACCCUUACACCUCAAGCUGGAGGACAUCGAAUGGCACGCGGUGGAGGAGUUUUUCAGGAUGGCCAGAAUGGUAAUUGGGGAGGUCGAGUAUAAAACCAUGAUUGUGAAGGCUCACCGUGGAUUUCAUCCCGAUAAGUGGAGAUCUCGGGGCAUAUUGAAGACAGUCUUGGACGAGGAGAUGCGGAAGCAGUGGGAGGAAGCGGGGAAUGUUGUCGCGCAAGCAAUUACCCCGCUCUGGCUAGCCUCGAAGGCGAGGUGAUAGCACCGGCUCUUCAAUUCCUAUGAGAUAUUCUGUGGCCAUCGUUUCCCGAUUUUACCUCCACCAUCAGCAAAAAAAUUACCCAAUGAUCUAAUCUGGCCAAGCUAGAUAAAGGCACCCAUGAAUAUAAGUCAACCCACCCUGAGAUUGCCAUUGCCAU